AGUGUGCGGUGCAGUUAAAGUCCAAAAAGGACGCUCUUUCUCCCCCAAGAUUUUCUCUCCCCUCUUUCUCUUAACAUGAUUCAGUUUUCACUUUCAUUGUCACAACUCAUUCAUUCAAUUCAAUUCAAUUAUUAUCAUAAUUUCUGUGUUCUGUUUCUGUUCUCUUCUAAGUAACUAUUUGGAAACCUCUCUUUCUAUUUCUCUCUCUAGAAAGUCCCAGCCAGCCAGGUAGGUAAAGGUUGUAAUCAAUCAAUCAAUCAAUCAAUCAAUCAAUCCUCUUCUUCCCAUCCCUGCCUUGCUUUUCUGCCUCAACAAAUUCAAACCCCAGCACAAAGACUAUGUUUUUACUAUCAUUUUCUGUUUGGCCUGCAAAAAAGUAACUGUUUUUAUUGUAAAUAAAUGAAAGGGGUGAAGAAGAAUGGAUGCUAUAAGGAAGCAAGCAAGUAAAUUGAGGGAGCAAGUUGCCAGGCAACAGCAGGUUAUACUUAGACAGUUGGGCCAAAUUAGCAAUGAACCGCUCAUGAUUGAUGAAUCCGAAAUUGAAUGUCACCAGCAACUUCAAAAGUUGUACACUUCGACAAAGACAGCUAAGCAUUUUCAGCGGCAUAUUGUUCGUGCAAUUGAAGGAUUCGUUUCUGUUUGCUCCAAGCAAAUGGAGAUAGUGAGGAGGAUGGCUAGGGACUGUUGUAAGUAUGGGACAGAGAAUCUUGGUAGUAGUUACCUCCUUGCAAGGGCUUCUCUUCAAUUUGGUAACACAUAUGAUACAAUGGAAAAUGAGAGAGAGACUCUGCUCGGGAUCUUAGGCGAUCAGAUCUCUGAGCCACUACGGGCACAGAUAACAGGAGCUCCUUUGGAGGAUGCACGCCACCUCACUCGCCGCUAUGACAAACUUCAUCAAGAGGUAGAAGCCCAGGCUGCUGAAGUUUUGAGGCGUCGAUCAAAGUUGAGGAAUUCUUCUGUUUCUGCAGAGAGUUCCGCGAGGCUUCAAAAUGCAGAAACAAGGUUGAAAGAACUUAAAUCUGCCUUGGCAGCACUUGGUAGAGAAGCAACCUCUGCUAUGUUGUCUGUCGAAGAACAGCAGCAACAGAUGACUCUCCAGAGCCUUCGUACAAUGGUGGAUGCUGAGAGAUCCUAUCAUCAGCAUGUCCUUGUUAUUCUAGAGAAACUAUAUACUGAGAUAAUUGAGGACAGACAACCAAAAGAGGCUACAUCAUUUACACUGCCAAAAGAUGGAUAUAAUCAACCUGCAGAUGAGAAUGCUAAUUCAAGUGGCAUUGAUUAUAAACACAACAGUCAAACAGCCACAUACUUUUUUGCAAAGGUCGUACAUCCAUUUGAUGCUCAAGCUGAGGGGGAGUUAAGCCUAUCAGUUGAUGAUUUUGUUGUAGUUCGUCAGGUUGGACCCAAUGGAUGGUCUGAAGGAGAAUGCAAAGGCAAUGCUGGAUGGUUUCCCUCUGCUUAUGUAGAGAGACAGGACAUGAUACCAGCCAGCAAGAUAACAGAAUAACUUCACAGGAUACCAACAUUGGUCUUUUGAUUAGGUGAGGCAAAAAUUGUAUAUUAUAAUCACGGAAUAGAUGCAGCAUUUGAAAAGCCAUAGCAUGUGCUUGCCAUUAUUUUUGGGUGGUUCUAUCAUCUCAUCUGUGCAAUAUGUUGUAUAUGCGAGUCAUAAUUGAAAUAGGAAAUAGCACUGGCAGUUUGAAUAUGUAAUUGAUAUGUUUAUUAUUGGCAUUUGCUUUGGCCCUUUGGUCAGGAACUUAGUUUUAUGCUGUUCAUAUUCUAUAGCAUUGUUUGUAAUUCUAAAUGAAGAUAUGGCGAGAAACAUUGUAUUUAAGAAAUCUUCCUAUGCAUCAAUAUGAAAAAAGUAAUUUGUAUCUAUUA